AUGCUUAGUUUAUCGUGCGAAGUUAUAUUGAAGCUCGUCAAGUCAAACACUCCAAAAGUUCCAGCUGUGUACGCGUACGGAGCGAGGCGAACGGGAACUGAUCUCGUGUUGGGCAAAGUUGGCGCUUUGUUGGGCACAGCGCCGCCGCGGCCGGGAGCGAGCACUGACUGCGCGCUUCGCGACACGCGGAACGCUAAGCGCUUUCCCGACAAAGUCGCCGUGCUCCAUGCGCCGGCCGCUCUG